AUCCGUUGGAGAAUUUUUUGUAAUGUGACGUAGAAUAAUUUAUUGAAAUUUGUCUUACCUUUUUUUUUAAAUUUAUGUAGACAUCAAAUACAAUGUAUUUUUAGUUUUUCUAUUGUUUGUAGUUAAAAGAUGUCUCCCAAAAGAAAAGAAAUUGAAAGUAGAUCAACUUCUGACCACCCAACAAAAAUGGCUAGAGUAUAGAUAGAUUCGGAUGAAUUUCCUGAACAAUCUCAGUCAUGGCAAAAUGAAACUGAGGAAAGUGAUAACUCCUUCUCACCAAUGGGGCGUGAAUUAAUAUCAAAAUCUCAGCAUUAUUCUAUCAAAACCAUUAGUAUCGACAGGUUUCGAGUUGUGAUGCCGAUGGAUAGCCCUAACAAUGUAACUGGUGAUCUUGUACUUAAAUGUCAGUUGGGGAAACGUUUUGAGGAAUGAAGGAGAAUUAUGAACAAUGAAAACAUAGGCAGACUUUUUAACAAGAGUUGUUUUGCAUACUUUCUUGAGCUGCCUGAGGACUGCACUCUCCGUUUCCCAAUAAGCAUGGUAUAUGGUCUUCUCGAGCACAGGAUCAAGUACGUGGGGGAUGAUAAAGAUCUGAAGGAGGGCGAAAAAAGAUGGAUGAAAUCUGGAUCAACUACUGUAGCAUGCCGAAUUGUUUUAGGUUGAAAGAGUUUGCCAUAGUAACGGGCUUGAGAUGCGAUCAUCUAGAAGAACCUCUCAUCAAGGAAAUACCCCACAAAGGGUCCAAUAAAUGCAAGGAAAGAAAGAUGGGUUGUUGGGCGUUGUUGGACGUAGCAGCUACAAAGCUGAGGAUUUGAUGACAGAUCUCGAGGAUAAAGACAUACUAAAGCACUACAGGGAGAAAUUAUGCUUAGUUUGGUUUGUCCAUUUUGUUUUAUUGGCAAGAGAUGUCAGGAAAGUCAUAGAAGAUGAUUUGUUUUCACUUGCUGAUGAUUUUGAGAAAUUCAACGAUUACCCCUGGGGAUAUGACAACUACUACUUGACUGUCCAAUAUUUACUGACAAAGCUUUCCACAGGAACGAUCAUAUUAUACGGUUUUUCUUGGGAUUUCAUGGCUUGCGCAUGUGAAGCCAUUCCCGCCCCCCUUUCGAAAGCUGUUCAAGGAUUACCCGGAUAAGGUUUCUCAUCCAAGGAUUCUUAGGUGGUUGGCGGCUGCAAAGGGCAGCAAAAAAAAUAUUAAGGAGUAGGAGGCUGAUCUAUUUUACACUCCGGAUGAUGCAGUUGUGCAUCCUUGGAUCGUGCCUACUGUUGAUAAGUUGGGAAUGACUUCUUUUCUUACUCUAGGUCUUGUUGAUACAAAAGAAGACCCAACGAUGGAGUUAAUAAAGAAGAAAUUGGCUGGAGAAAUAUCCAUAAGAAGAGCAGUUAGGCAAGGUUAGCCUAAUGUUGAAGCUCUUCAUGACCAACCUCAUACUGCCACAGAUCCGGGUGCUUCUUCUGGGGGUAUUGUUGGUGGAGGAGUUGAUGAUGAUAGCAGUUAUCCUGAUGCUGCUGCUGCUGCCAGUUGUGUUUAUGAAUUUCUACAACUGGAAUCGGGUGAAGAUCAGAUAUUGUGAUGGAGCCUCAUUUGCUGGUGAUGCUAAGUUCUUUAAUGGGACAUCAUUGCUUUAUUUCAAAGGGCAAAGAAUUUGGCAAGCUAUUCUUCUUGAUCUUCUCCCAAAAGGCCUCGGGCAUGCGAAGAAGGCUUUGCUUUCUGGCUGCUCCGCUGGGGGCCUUGCAACCUUUUUGCAUUGUGACAACUUCACCAGUUAUCUACCAAAGAAUGCUAGUGUGAAGUGCUUGAGUGAUGCUGGGUUUUUCUUAGACGAGAGAGAUAUAGCUCUGAACCACACUAUGAGAUCUUUCUAUGAAGAUCUUGUUUCCCUACAGGGGGUAGAACCAAAUCUCAAUCAAAAUUGCACUUCUACUCUUUACUAUCCACACCUGUGCUUCUUCCCACAGUACGUAUUACCAUACAUCAACACACCAUUCUUCAUUUUAAAUUCAGCUUAUGAUGUGUACCAAUUCCAUCACAUAUUGGUGCCGCCUUCUUCCGAUCCUCGACGGCAUUGGGAUCAUUGCAGGUUCAAUGUUACUGCAUGCAACGCAUAUCAGCUAAAUAUUUUGCAAGGGUUCAGGAAAAAUAUGCUUGCAGCAUUGAGAGUUUUCUAUCAAGAUUCAAGAAGAGAUGGGAUGUACAUAAACUCUUGCUUCACUCAUUGUCAAAGUGAGACACAAGAUACCUGGUUUGCAGUUGACUCUCCUCGAAUACACAAUAAGACAAUUGCGCAGACAGUUGGUGAUUGGUACUAUAGUAGAAACGUUAGCAAGGAGAUUGAUUGUGCAUAUCCCUGUGAUACUACUUGCCACAACAUGAUCUAGUCGAUGCAGAGAUAUGCACGCUGAUUUUCAAUGGGUAAUUGGAACCAGAAACUCAGCUAUACAAAACCAUAGACAAUACUGGUUACAUAGUGCAGAUUGAUUCUUUUAGAAGUGGGACGUGGUGAAGCAAUAGGUGUUCCUUUUAUAAGAUCUUAUAAAUAUAUAUUGCAAAUUAAAAGGUAGCAUUUUUUUAUAGAGGUUCACAGAGAAAAUGUAUACGUUAUCAUCUGCCAAAGGAUAUGGUAUAGAUCCAUAAGUCCUCCAAGUUUCAAUUUAAUAUGAUAUGCAGAAUGUCGUGUAGCCGAAUCUGAAAAUUUUAUGUUCAAAUAUCAGUCAGGGAAAAUGUAUUAAUCAUUGUUCUGUUAA